AUGAAUGUCCUAAAUCGUGUACAACCGGAAGCGGGUCUCAGAAGGAAUAUUGACAAUUCUUUACAUUUAAAUGUCCUAAGGCGACCAACAAAUGAGAUACCACGUCGUAAUAAUUUCGAAAAACCCGAAUUGAAAAAACAAGAAAGUAUUGUGGAUUUUAAAAAAGUUAUUGCCGAAAAUACCGAUGAAUUUUGUCAACAUUCAACGUUGCACGGUCUAAAAUAUAUUGUCGAUGAACAAUUGUAUCCGGGCGAAAGGAUAUUCUUUGCCAUGUCUUUUGUGGCGGUGGUUUUAAUGUCGAUAUUUUUUAUCUCAAAUGUUUAUGCUAAAUGGCGUUCGACACCGGUUAUUUUGGGCAUUAAUCCGGAACCAAGUUUUAUUGUUAACGAACCCUUUCCGGCGGUUACUUUGUGUAAUCUAAAUCAAGCUUCGAAAGCUAGAGCCCAAGUUUACAAGGAAGAUUCAAGUGAAUACACCAUGUUACAGUUAUUGUGCAAACGGGAAGUGAAUUUAUCGAUGGCCGAUUCGAUUAAUUGGAAUAAUUUUGAAGAUUUUAUUGUAAAUAUCUCCCAACCCUGUGAAGAAAUGAUAGUUGGUUGCAACUAUGGAGCUGUGGACUAUAAAUGUAGCGACAUCUUUCGCACUAUAGUGACGGAUGAGGGUCUUUGUUGUGUAUUUAAUAUGUUAAGUCCGAAUUUUAUGUAUAAUGUAGAAGUUUCCAAAUUGCGCAAUCAAACCUAUAAUGAUGAGGCUGCUCCUGUUAACUGGGAUCCCGAAAGGGGUUAUCCCGAUGAGUUACCCGAAGUUUUCUAUCCAAGAACUUCUGUGGGUACAGGAAUUACAUUGGGAUUGAGUUUAACAUUUGAUAUAGAUUUAUCCGAUUACUAUUGUUCCUCAACGGCUAGUGUAGGUCUAAAAAUGGCUUUACAUAGUCCGGCGGAAAUUCCACAUGUAAGAGAAAUUGGCACUUUAUUGCCGGCGGGAAGUGAGACCAAGAUAAGAAUACGUACAGAUAAAACUGAAGCAGCUUUAAAUUUAAAAUCUAUAGAUAAACAAUAUCGUAAAUGUUUAUUUGAUGGUGAAGAAAAAUUGGAAUAUUUUUCUUAUUAUAAUCGGCGGAACUGUGAGAGAGAAUGUCAGGCCCGCCAAUUAUUGGAUUCGUGUAAAUGUUUGAAUUACUAUAUGCCCAUGUUGGAGAAAGAUGCCAGAAUAUGUGGCCUUAAAGAUACUCCCUGUGUGGAAAUGGUUCUACAAAAUAAACGCAAUAGAUCUCAUACCGCCAUGGAAGAUUGUCAACAUAAAUGUUGGCCCAGUUGUUUUGAUUUGAAUUUUUAUACCGAUUUCUUUUCGGCACCCAUUUCACAUGAGGGCUUUGCCAUUGCCAAUAAGUUUGUAAAGAACACCACCAGUGAAUAUGCCGAAAAGAAUAUGGCCGUGGUUCACUUUUAUUUCACCGAUAAUACUUUUCGCAGCACUAAACAAACCGAAUUUAUUGGCAUGACAGAUUUUUUGUCCAGUGUUGGUGGUUUGAUGGGUCUCUUUAUGGGCUUUAGUUUCAUCUCAAUAGCCGAGUUCAUUUACUAUGCCGUUUUGCGUCCCUAUCAUGUGGUAAAGCGUCAUGAUCGUAUUAAGGGUGGCAGUCGUGUAGAUGUUUCAUUUUCUGAUUCACGAAAUCCGUCUCUACGUUAUAUUGAUGCUCCUUCGUAUUACGUGACAACGGAUCCAUUGAUUAAACCUUCGAAAUUACAACAGUUUCCACAGAGACAAAUUGAACGUCGUAAUAGUGAACAUUUUGGUCAUAUUGUUCAGAAGGCCAAUAGAAGACAGAAUAACUAG